UAUGAGAGAGAGAGAGAGAGAGAGGAGAGAGAGUAAAAAUUAAUUAUGUGAGAUUCGAUUGGUGGUGGCCUUAUAUAAAGAGAGUAAAGAGAUGUUGGGGUUUUACUUCUUUUAUAUUUCGCUCAACAUAGAAAAAAAAAUAAUUAAAUAAAAGAGGAGUGAGAAGUACUCUAUCUUCAUCAUCAUCAUCAUCAAAAAAACAAGUGAAAUUAAAUAAGCUCAGCAGCUAAAGAAAAAAAAGAAAAUGGAGGAGCAGCUAAACUCACUGGCUGUGACGCAUCUACUUCAACACACACUUAGAAGCCUAUGUAUUCAUGACAACUCUCAAUGGGUGUAUGCUGUUUUCUGGAGGAUUUUGCCUAGAAAUUAUCCUCCUCCCAAGUGGGAUAGCCAAGGAGGAGUAUAUGACAGGUCAAGAGGGGUUAGAAGGAACUGGAUAUUGGUUUGGGAAGAUGGUUUCUGCAAUUUUGCUGCCUCAACGGGUGAGAUUAGCGGCGGUGGUGGCGAAAACUCGUCGGUAUACGAGUAUCAGCACUAUCAAGGGCUUCAGCCUGAGCUCUUCUUCAAAAUGUCCCAUGAAAUCUACAAUUAUGGUGAAGGUUUGAUUGGAAAAGUGGCUGCUGAUCACAGCCACAAAUGGAUCCACAAAGAACCAAAUGAUCAAGAAAUCAACUUCUUGUCUGCAUGGCAUAACUCAGCUGACUCACACCCUAGAACUUGGGAAGCUCAGUUUCAGUCCGGUAUUAAGACCAUUGCCUUGAUUGCUGUGAGAGAAGGUGUCAUUCAGUUAGGCGCUGUUAACAAGGUGAUUGAAGAUCUGAGCUACGUUGUGCUGCUAAGAAAGAAACUGAGCUACAUAGAAAGCAUACCAGGAGUUCUACUGCCGCACCCAUCUUCAUCGGCGUAUCCCAAUUACAAGAGCGGCGGCGAUCCGUACGGCGGCGGCGGCGGUGGAGUAAUGCCGCCGUUAGAGGCAUGGAAUAAUAACUACCAUAUGCCGCCACCAAAUCAUGAGCAUCAUCAAUUCUACGAGCAUAAUUUCUCCAAUUUAAAUAACAAUAAUAAUAAUAAUAGUAAUCCAGCGAUGAAAAUAGCGCCGUCGAUGAGCAGCCUGGAAGCACUGCUGUCGAAGCUGCCGUCGGUUGUACCAGGAAGUACAACAGCUGCUUCUGGUGGGGCCCACUUCGAAGCUCAGAAUCAGCUGUACUUAUCUUCUGCAACUAGGUCUUUGGAAUUAAUGGGGAUCGAGAAAGUUGCUAAGGAAGAGUACGAGGAGGAGGAGGAGGGUGGUAUGCAGGAGAAUAAUGAUGGUGUCACCGGAGGAGGAGAGAGUACUAGCGGCGGCGGCGGUGGUGGGUAUCACCACCACCACCUCCGCCACCACCACCAGCAGUAUAGUUAUCACCAUGACUUGAAUGUAAGUAGCAGCAUGGACAACAAUGGAUGCUGAUGAUGUUUUCAUGAUUGAUAUAUAUAUCCUAUAUAUAUUUAUAUAUAUGAUCAUAUGUAUGUAUGUUUAACGUUGUAUGUAGUACUUUCAUUAUUAUUAUAAGGUUGUUUUAAUGAUGAUGAUGAUGUUGUAGUUUGAGAAUUAAUAAGCGAGGAAAAUUAAUUAAAUCAGUUAUUAUGAUGA